AGAAUUCCAUGGAAUGUACACAGGAUCCGCGCACAGUGCAAGGAAAGGUGGAUAGGAAGACGAUGGGGUGGAAUAAAUAUUAGCGCCAUGAGUUCGAGGACAGACCCCGACACACGAGAUGAACAUUCCAAGCAUCUCGUUUCUGGUGCAUGUGGGGCUCAUCUACAUACACACACACACCCACCCACACAGUAGAUCUGCAUCUCACAGAUCCUUCUCAAUGAUUUGAUAGCCUGUUCUUGUUGUGGAUCUGGCCGGGGAAUGUAAGCCUCGUUUUACUUUAAUCGAUCUGUGACAAACUGCAACCAUUUAUUCCUCCCCCGCCCCCCACCUGACUGAAAGUAUUCACUUUUGCACGCAUACAUACACAAGGCCGGCCAGCCAGCCAGCCAUCCUCGUCAGAAGACCCGAGCUCCCGGUCGAAGACCAAAUGCACACCAAAUAACAACUCUCGACGAAAUAAAUGUCGUCUUCAGAACAUUUUUUAAGCUGUUGCUGCUGCUGCCGGUGCGUCUUAUGCUUCAUCUUCUUCGAGUGAUCGUACUCUUCUCACAUGCACUGCACAAGGAAGAUGAAAAGCUGAAUUUCCACCAAUUUGCAGCCAAUGGAGUCCAAAAAGUCCAGACGAACGAGGUCAUCCGGAUCCGACUACUGAUUGAUCUGCCAAAGUAGAAUAAAAUCAUUCCUCCUGCAAAAGACACCACCGUCUUCCAAGUGCGAGCUGCUCGAGAAUCCGGCAUGCACGGAAAUGAAAAGCCGAAAGACGACGUUCUGCACCAGUCCCAGUCCGAGCCCGAGUCCGAGACCGAUGCGGAUCGAGAUCUACAGCUCUGUCUGUAGCAGCAGUGCAGGCACAGUUGCAGGAGUAUCCCCCCGUUGUAUCAUGAGACGACGAGAGCUGCUCGAUGCUCGUAGGCCGACGCAGCAUCUUCGCCAAAAGCAAAGCUCGCUGAGACCUUUCCCUUCCUUUUGUUUUGCUUUUGUCUUUCCUUCUUUCCGGGCUCGAUGUUGAAUCGAGCGAAUCGACUCAUUAGACGACGCCCGGAGCUACUGGCCGCCUCCAGAGCGGGCUAAAGGGUCGGGACGAGACUCGGGCGUGAAGAUCACUCCCAUCAGCGUGAUCGAGAUUCGCCGCCCUCAUGGACUUGCUUCACCGAAAGCCUGCCAUUACUCCAAUCACGAGGUGCUGGCUUUUUUAUAUCCCCCGAGUUCAGCUCAGAGUUCAGCCGAGGCAGAGGAUAGGAUCCGCCUGCAGGCUAAUAGAAAACAGUCGCAGUAGGCAGGCAGGUAUGCAGGCAGUCAGCAGUCUGGAGUGAUGGAGUGCCAACAAUUACUGUUAAGCAGGUGCAUUUGACCCCAUCGUCCCCACCAUCUUCAUAUCCUGUGAACUUCACGCCGGACAGAUUUCAGCUUUCUACCAGAAUUCUCUUUAUUUCGGCAGCACAGCAGCAGAGGAAGCGUGGGUCUUGGUCAAAUGUUGACAAUGGGGAGCUAGACUUGCAGCUAACUGUACCUGUGACCUGUGAGCUUGUGCGAGCCCUCGAGACUUGGUGACUUUGGGUAGGAGAGGCAGGAAUCUCGCUCGGACGUCUCUCAGCUCUACAGAAGUUUCUGCACUGCGUGAUGCUCAACGCACCUGCUCCUUAGAGUGUAGUCCAGCUAAAUAAAACACUCGCUAAAUAGGAGCUGACGAUUUGGAAAUGCAAUGUCACGGGACUAUUUCCUGUCUCUACGGUAGCUUCCUCAAUCUAGAGAAAUUUACUCUUUCAGGCUCUGGUUUCACGGGUACGGUGCCACUGGAGCUUUGCAACCUCGUCGAUGUCCUGUUCUUAGACCUCGGACAACUAUCUCACAGGAGGCUUUCCUUGGUGACCUUCCCGACGAGUUCGACAAUCUCACGACCUUCAAUGCCAGCCAAAAUCAGCUCACGGGCACUUUUCAAAAUCAGCUUCUUGGCAGGCGCAAUUAAUCGUAAGUUGUCACAAAAUCAGCUCUCGAGUUUUUCAAUAGACUGGCUUCCACGUAACGUGUCACUCCUGGAGAAUCUCCAACUAGAUAACAAAAUCUCAGAAAAAUUCCUCCCAGGUUCAAAUGUGUUAACUACUUGAAGUUCACAGAAUUUUUCAAUAUUCAGAUCAGAG